AUGGCGUCAGAGGUUGCUUUUGAUGUGCUUGAGCAGAUACUGAUAGGAUUGGAUCAUGUGAAAGAUAUAAUCCGAUGCAAGAGUGUGUGUAAGUCAUGGCAAUCUUUUAUAUCCAGUCCUCGCUUUGUUAAAGCUCACAUGAAGAAGCAAGACCGCGGAGAUAGAAGAAUCUGUAGUGUUAAUUACAAGGUUAAGAAUGAUGAUUCUUUUAGCGGCAACAAUAUCUUUAUUGUUGGUUCUUGUAAUGGUCUAGUAUGCGUCUCUCCUAGAGACGUUAAACUUGAAGUAACCAAUCCUUGUACUAGAGAGACCAGGAAACUGCAAACGCCUCCAUGUCGUCCGCCUGGUUUAAAGACCAGGUGCGGGGUAGAAUGCAUGGGUUUUGGUCAUGAUGCGUCUACAUAUGAUUACAAGGUUAUAGCAGGGUUUAGGAAUAGCAAGCGAACGCUUUUUUAUCUGUUAACAUUGAAAUCAAAUAUCUGGAAAGUUAUCGGAGAGGUCAAGUAUAAGACUCUUACUAAUAGAUCUGGCAUCUUAUGUGGCGGGGCACUUCACUGGAUUAUGCUAGGUAAAAAGAAGAAGAGAGUAAUUAUUUCUCUGGAUUUAUCUACCGACGAGUUUAAAGAAAUCCCCCUACCCAUGGAAGCGCAUAGGUUUUACAAUCAUAGACUAUGUGUUAUAGAAGGAUGUCUAUGCUUAUAUAUAGACUCUUUCGCUCCGUCUAGCAAGAAAUGGGUAAUGAAAAACAACAAAUGGGAACUAUAUAAUAAUAACAAGAGCGAGUAUGCUUUUGACUUUUGUAUACUGCUUGCGCCAUAG